AUGUUUGCUAGGUUGCGGCCGGGCCGAACCUCCGUGUCGGAUAUACAAAAUGAUUUAAACACAAUAGGUGCUGCAAGUGAAGCACCUACCGACACUUUUCCAAUUGGCGAUAACGACAAUACGUCUCCGAUAUUUGUCUGUCAGUAUUGUCAAAAAGCGUAUAAAAGCGAUCGAGGUUUAGCCUUACAUCAGAGAGCGAAGCAUGAAGAAUUUUACCAUGCUUCCAACGUUCCAAAGGCGCGGAAGAAGGCACGUUGGGAUGAUGAGGAACUGGUUCUGCUUGCCAGGGAGGAGAUUCGCCUCACUAGUUUAAAGAUAAAGAAUAUCAAUGCUGAGUUAAUCAAGGUACUGCCACAUCGAACGCUUGAAAGCAUUAAAGGUGUGCGCCGUAAAACUAAUAAACGGUACCACGAUUUUCUUGGCAAAUUGAUGACCAAUCCUGCUGGUGUCGUGGAUCCUAAUGGGCAGGCCUAAUCAGUUCGUGGUGGCGCUCCUCCCGAAGGGGUUUCCGACCCUGGAAGGAGUUGGAGAGCUGAUGACCAAUCUCUCCAUCUGGAUCAUGAUUCUUGGAUAGCUAAGGUAAGGAACGAAAUUGUUGAUUUCGAGUUUCUUGCCGGCUUGGACGUUGGCUUGAUUAAACCUGACUGUCUGUCGGAAGAAGACAAGGAAUUUAUAAACCUUGACUUCAACCGUUGGGUGGAAUCGAUAACUGCACAUAAUUGUGCAGAAGUCGUACCACCCGGACCUAAAAGGCGUGGAAGAGUUGGUACCAGAGUAGCAAAGGCGCCUGGUAACGUAUCUCAUGGCGUCAGGCAGGAAGGGGAAUCGACAACCGCUACUUCAGUGGAAAUCGUACCCCCGAAUGCCAGGUCCAACAAGCGUAAGAAACGGAAACGCCCUAAUUCGUCUUGGGGAAGAAGGGCUGCAUAUAAGAGGACGCAAGACCUCUUUCGUAAGAAUAAGUCUCGCUGUGCCCAGGAUAUUUUGAGUGGUAGUUGGGAGCGCCCUAGGAGAGGUCUUCCAUUGGAAGAUCAAGAGCCCUAUUGGCGUGGGAUAUUUGAACAAGAAUCGGUGGAGGACCUUAGAACUCCAGAGCCGGUUGGGCCGGUAUUGUGGGAAAUGAUUGACCCCAUCUCCUCGGCCGAGUUGGAGACCAUCAUGAAAGCGAUGAAGCCUGGAGCACCUGGACCAGAUGGGAUGGUUCUGAGUCGGUUAAAGCAUCUUAAUUGUGAAGAGCUGAGAGCAAGGUUCAACCUGUGGCUACUGGCGGGUUACUCCCCGACCAGCUGCUGCAUGGGCGAAACCGUUUUGCUCCCUAAAGAUCAGAACGACAUCAGACCACCCAAGCAUAGGCCCAUAACAAUGGCCAAUAUAAUUGUAAGGUGCUACCAUAAGUUAAUGGCGAGGAGAAUGGGUGAUCUCAUGCCCAUCUCUGAUAGGCAGAAGGCUUUUCGGGCGGGUGAUGGGCUAGGAGAGAAUGUCUUUCUCCUGCGAGCGAUAAUCAAACACCAUACGAAAGGGUGCUUGCCUCUCAAUGUUGUCUUUCUGGAUAUCUCCAAGGCGUUUGAUUCGGUUUCGCAUCAGUCUAUUCUGAUUGCGGCAAAGAGAAUGGGUGUGCCGCCCCCUCUGUUAUCAUAUCUGCACGAAUUUUAUUCGCGCAGUCAAACCCGAUUACGGGUUGGUGGUAAGAAGAGCGAACCAAUUUCGGUAAAGAGGGGUGUUAAGCAGGGUGAUCCGAUGUCGGUACACCUUUUUAAUGCUGUUAUAGAUUGGGCAUUAUCAACUUUAGAUCCCGAUCUUGGCAUUAAAUUUAAUGGUGUUAAUUUAAAUCACCUUGCGUUUGCCGAUGAUAUUGGUCUAUUGACCAAAACAUCGGUUGGUGCGCAGAACCAGAUUGACCGCUUGAACGACCAUUUGAAUAGGUGCGGACUGUUUAUAAGCGCAGGCAGUACGGGCAAGUCAGCGUCCUUGAGGAUUGAUGUAGAUGGAAAGAGAAAGUUGUGGGUAGUCAACCCCAAUGUACAUCUGCAUGUUGCGGGCGAGGAUAUUCCAGCUAAGUCCAUAGGGGAGACAUAUGAGUAUUUAGGAGUUCCACUCUCGGCUAAAGGAACAAUACCCCAGUCUGCCAACAAACUGCAGAAAUACUUGGAUAACCUAAGCAGGGCGCCUCUGAAGCCCCAGCAACGGCUGUACAUUCUUAAGCGACAUGUUAUUCCAGCAUUGUAUCAUCAGCUGGUGCUAUCUGACUGCUCCAAAGGGCUUCUCAAAUUUCUGGAUGUGAAAAUUAGAGGCGCGGUGAAAAGAUGGCUUAAGUUGCCAAAGGAUACGAACGAUUUCUUCAUCCACGCGCCUGUCAUCGAAGGGGGCCUGGGAGUGGCUGUUUUGAAAAAUGCCAUUCCCCUAAUGCGGAAGAGCAGGCUCGAGAAGCUCCUUGGUAGCAGUGAUCCUGCUGUCGCUGCGGUUGCUGGGACUUCCUUUGUUGCGGACAUGCUCCGUAGCGACUCGGUGCCACUACAGGUAGCUGGCAUUCCUAUCUGUAACAAGGAAAAUUUGAAGAGAGCCUUAGCAUAUGGUUUGCAUCGCUCUGUGGACGGCUCUGGUUUGAACAAAUGCAGUCAGGUCUCCAUUGCAAAUAAAUGGGUGGACUCUCCCACCCACUUAAUGUCGGGUGCCAAUUACAUCGGUGCCAUUAAAGUGCGUGGAAACCUGAUGGCUACAGCAGCCAGAAUGGCUAGGGGCCGUCCCCAGCGUGAUGUGGCGUGUGAUGCCUGUGGUCGCACCGAGUCAUUGGGACACAUUCUGCAGGUGUGCCCAAGAACCAGCGGUGCCAGGAUUGAUCGACAUAAUUCCGUGCUUGCUAGAACCGUUAAGGUGUUGGUUAAAAAUCAUUGGUCGGUUCUUGUAGAGCCAGCCAUUCCAACACCUGCCGGAAUUAGACGUCCUGACAUCGUUGCUUGGAAAGGAGGGUCAACCUGUUAUGUUAUAGAUGUUACGGUGGUCGCCGAUAAUGCGGAUUUAGAUCGGGCGCACCAAUUAAAAAUAGAACACUAUGACACGCAGCAUGUCCGUGACUGGGCACUUAGGGUGAGUGGUACUGCCUCGAUCACCUUCUCGUCCAUAAGUUUUAACUGGAGGGGUGCCCUGGCAGGGCCAUCUUACGAAUUAUUAAAGAACAGUCUCGCACUAGGUGAAUAUGAGAUAGCACUGCUAGCUACAAUUGUUAUGGAGAAAGGCUACCAAACUUGGCUAGAUUUUAAAAGAUCAACGUUUCGACAGAGGUGGAGAAACGGAUGA